UGCUACGAGAAAACUAGUCUAGUUCGCGAAAUAUGCACAUUUUGUUGAAUGUUUUUUUCUGGUAUUUUCUAGAAAAGAUGACAGUAUUUUUGGCAUUUUUGUUGUAGAUGAAUUUGGGCCACACAUUCGACUAAAGACACGUAAAUCAACAAUUGGAAAAGAAAGACUGUUUUGCAAUAUCAAGACAUUAUAUGUAAAUUGGAGGAACAUGGACGCUGGGACAUGGUAUAAAUCGCUGCCCCGCUUCACCCGUUACUGGCUAACGGCAACCGUGGGGCUGAGCCUACUCUGCAGAUUCGGCCUGCUGCCAAUGGAAUACAUGUACCUCUCGCGCGAGCUGGUGCUGACCCGGCUGCAGCUGUGGCGCUGCAUCACGUCCCUCUUUGUAUUCCCACUGAGCGGAGCCACUGGCUUCCACUUCCUGAUCAACUGCUACUUCAUUACGCAAUAUAGUGCGCGCUUGGAAAAGGAUCAGUAUGCGCGCAGUCCCUCGGACUACAUGUAUCUGCUGAUUAUCACAGCUGUGCUGGCAAAUCUCGGAGGCAUGCUCUUCAAUGUGUACUUCUUGAUGGACAUGCUGGUCGUUGCCAUAACCUAUAUUUGGUGUCAGCUGAACAAGGAAGUUAUCGUUAGCUUUUGGUUUGGCAGCCGGUUUAAGGCCAUGUAUCUGCCUUGGGUGCUGGCGGGCAUCGAGCUGGUUUUCCAUGGCUCCUUGGCCUCCCUGGUUGGCAUUUUCAAUGGACACGUCUACUACUUCUUAAAAUUCCAAUACCCACAGGAGCUUGGCGGCAAUGCAUUUCUGGAGACGCCCGCAUUUCUGAAACGCUUUGCUCCCGAUAUCUCCGGCGGCAUUAGCGGCUUCGGUGUACCGCCGGAGAGCAGAGCGCCGCCUCCACGCCAAUCGGCCAACUCAGCCUGGGGUCGCGGCAUGGCCUUAGGACGCAAUUAGAAACCUUAAUUAAGUUUAGUUUACGUGCUAUCUUUUUCUACACUAACAACUGUACUGGAUCGCAACCUAUCUCGAUCAACCUUCAAAACUCAUUAUCUUUACUUUGAGUUUAGUAUCUUUUUUUGAAUGUAGAACGUCAUUAAGUAAAAAAUGUUAAGCGGCGGGUUGGUUAACAAAUAACAAUGGAUAUUUCUACAAAUAUACACCCAGGAUACAAAA